AUGGAAAAGGCACAUCAGCCAGAUUAUGAAGAUCCUGGCUCAUUAACAAGUUUUAACAUAAUUGCAGAAGGAGACGAGGAAGGCCUUAUUUCAAAAAUAUUUUCCAAGUUUAAAACUGCUGUAUCUGGCCCACAACACCAACAACCCGUACCAAUACCCGCCGAGAUAUUAGAGAGCAUAGGGCAAGAGAAUAGCCUGAUAAUAGCCAGUAAAGAAAGAUAUCCGACCAUAAAAGCCAUCAAUCCUACACCAACAAAAGAAGUAGAUCUAUCAAUCAAAUCUCUUCAUGAAUCAAGUUUAGCAACUAUCAAACCAGAAGGCUCAUCCGUGAUGAUGAUACCUUUAACAAAGACAUCAUCCUGUGAUAGUGACAACCAAUCAGUAAUGACCAAUUUUUCUGUAUCCAACACAAAUUCACUCAGUAGGAUGCUCAAUCGAUUACGAGGCGGUGAGGCAGACAGCGGCAACAAGGAUUUUUGGAUGCCUGACGAACAGUGCCGAGAGUGUACAGACUGUAAUGCGCCCUUUAACCUGUUUCGAAGAAAGCAUCAUUGCCGUACAUGUGGAAGAAUAUUUUGUUCAAAGUGCCUCAACAACAAGAUCCACACAAGCCAUACUUUAUUACGUGUCUGUAACGACUGUUAUAUCAAAUUUGAAGAUCGUCUUCCAGAUGAUUUAAUAUCUAUCCAUGAGACAUAUUCGGGUGAUUCUGAAACACUGCAGCAGUCUGUUCAGGACAGUGACGAGGAAUUUGAAAGAAGAACAAAUAGCUUAGAAAUACAACGUCCCAAUCUGGAUCUACAUUUUUCUUUAUCCACAUCUUCACAUCAUACCACCAGCGAUGCUGAGAUCGGUAUCAAAAAGUUAUUAACAUCUACUUUCCUGAGGACCACACCUCGAUCACGAACAAGCACCAUGAAUUCUUUAGCUGUCGAAAGUAGCUUAGCCGUGUUAGAAUCGCGUCAACUCGCUUCAUCAUCACCUAUGCCAUUCCGUCGUCACUCCUACUUGGCUAAUGAAAAUCCUUUAGGAACGCCUGUUCUUCAAAAUGAGUAUUAUGAAGAAGAUGAAGAUGCAAGAAGGUGGGAUAAGAGUCCUAGAAACCUUUUGAAUUUCUUGGGAGGCGCUGCUGCCAGUGGCAACAACACGGGUACGAAUGAACGGCCCAAUUCGGGGAUUUUCAACAAUAUCUUUUUUGAAGAUUAUGCAACAACGUUUGACAUUGGCUCUCCAACUCCGCUUCUAAGUACAAGCACAACAACGACUACAACAGGAAAAACACAGCCAUGGUUGAUGAGACCUGAACGCGCCAUGAGGAGAAGAUUGAGCUUGACAGAUGGAACAGGCAGUGGAAGCAAUAAUAAUGUGAUUACCAUUUCGACUAAUAAUUCGUCUUCAACUAUUCGACAUAGUAGAGUAAGGACAAAGAGUCUUAUGAGAAAUAUACCCAUCACAAAGGCAACUAUGGAAGCAUCUACUUCCUCUCAACUAGAUACUAAUAACACUACCUGUGCGGAUACAAACAGUCUACGUAGUGCUACCCCAGAUGUGGAGCAAUUAAGGACACAGAUCGCUUCUUGUACACAGACACAUCAACAGUGGGAUGAAUCUUUUUUAUAUUUGAUGCGCAACAUGAUCCGACACUUUCUGGAGGUUGAAACGGAGGGAUUGAUCAAGAACCCUGGUCCGUGGGAAGAGGUCAUGAUGAAAUUACUACUCAAAAUUGCUGACGAAGUACAACCGCAGAUAAGGAUCCGAGAUACAUUUGACAUGAACCAUUAUGUCAAAAUAAAACGAGUUCCUGGUGGAACACCCAAGGAUAGCUUCUCUGUGAGUGGUGUGGUUCUAUCAAAGAACGUAGCGCACAAGCAUAUGGUCCGAAAGAUUGAGAACCCACGCAUCUUGAUUUUGAAUUUUGAUCUAGACGGAUUCAGCGGUGAAGUGAACCGACAUGAGUAUCUUAAAUUAGACCGUUUAUUGGCUUGGGAGCGUGAUCAUAUGAAUGCCCUGGUAGACCAGAUCAUUGGUCUAAAGCCGUCUAUUGUGUUGAUUGCCAGCCAUGCUCCUCGUACUGUCAUCGACUUGUUGAACAAGGCUAAUAUUGUAGUCGUCUACAAGGUCAAAAAACAAAAGCUCGAUGCUAUUGCUCGAUGUGCUGAUGCAGUCAUAUUCAAUUAUAAAAACGACUUGUGGAAUACAAAAUCAGUGACUCAAGGAAAAUGCAAGCUUUUUGAGACAAUGACCAUUAUGCAUGAAUACCUCCCUAGUCGCCGUAAAACGUUCUUACUCUUUCACGAGUGUCCUAAAGAUAGAGGUGCAACCAUCAUACUACGAGGAGGCGAACAUAAGGUUCUGACGGUGAUUAAGACAAUCAUGAAGUUUAUGGUGCAAGUGGUCAAUAAUCUCACUAUCGAGGCACAGCUGCGCAAGGAAUUUAUUGAACUCAGGAAAUGGUAUCGUAUUUAUUAUGAAGAAGAACAACAACAAGAAGAAGAAGAAAAGACAGAAGAAGAGAGGGUCGUCAAGAAAAUGACCUCAUUUGCUGAGAGGUCCCUCACGGACAUUCGACCUGUCGAUUCUCAAAGCAUAUCCGCAUUAUCCGUAGCUGAGUCACACAUAACUGUAAGUACAGCAGCAGCGGAUGUAGUAACAACAAAGAAGAAAGGACAGUUUUAUCAACAGGAGCCAAUUAUUGUUGAAGAUGAUGAUAUUUGCUUGACAGCCAUCAAUACAGUUUUAAAGCAGUACCAAAAUACAGUACUCUCUAUUUCUCCUGGCGUCACAUUACCUGUUCCCCAUAUCCUGAUUAAACUACGAGACUCACAGAAAAAGUUAAUUGGUGUCAUUCGGGAAAGACUAGGGCCCACCAUCACCGGGACGGUAUUUGAGGGAGAUGCUCCAGAGCAGCAACAGGAUUCCACCAAGUUUAUCCCACCACCAAUUCCUCGUGAUUUAAACCAAAUGAUGGAUUAUUUCAAGGCAUAUGAAGCUCAAUUAGAGAAUGACGUUGAGUAUCGACACUAUCAAGACUUGCACAUCCAGAAUUGGUACAACUUUAAGAAAUAUAUCCGAGAUGUAAGUUCCUUUUUAUCACCCGUAAAUCACCAAGAAAUACUUGUUCAUCGCACUAUAUACCCCAUGGACGACCAUACGAUUCCUUGUCAAAAGAUAGUGGCAGAGCCAUACCAUUAUUAUGAUCCUGCCUGUGACUACACCUUAGGACAGUAUAUUCUGAACGCUGCCAAGGAGGCAUAUAAACCUUGUACUUCUAAAAUAUGUGGAUCACCGCUCAUGUUUCAUGAUGUGACAUUCUCACAUGGUAAUGCUCAAAUCAAAGUGCAAGUAUUUCAUGAAGUAGAUGAUGAACAAAUGGUAGAAGAAAGGCUCGAGAUUGGUAAAGAUGAAUACCUAAAGAAGAUUCCCAUCUUUAUAUCCACUCACUGCAACCUAUGCAAAAUAACACACGGUUGGAAACCCAUGUCUGAAUUGCUACAGCGGUACUCGUUUGGAAAGUUUUUAGAAUUACUACUUUAUCAGUCCUCCUCUAUCCCACUCUACGAAGACGGAGAACAAGAAGAUGAAGGGUGCCCACAUGGGCUUUAUCGGGACCAUACACUCUCAUUUCGCAUCCAAAACUAUACUGUCAAUUUUACACAUGCAAUGGUCAAGGUCGUCGAGGUGAUCCCACCACCUCUUCAUACUUGCUUCAGCUCCAAGAAGCAAAUGGCCCUCAAGGAUGAAGCAUUGGAAUCAACGCGUAUAAAGAUUGCUCGCUUUUUCGAUUCUAUUAUUGAGCGAAACAAGGCAUUUUCGUACGAUAUUGUUCAGCCUAAUAUGGUGGAAACAUGUAAAGAAUACUUGCAAGAAAUGUCACAGGAAGCAAUGAAGAAUAAAAAGAGCUUACUUCAGAAACUCCAGUCAGAGUAUGCAACAAGUUCGCCUACGGAUACACUGCAGUUGAAUAACGUGCUAGCCGAACUGCAAAACCAUGCCGUUACUUGGGACCUCAAGUACAUUGACUUUGCUAGACGAUUUAUACGGCCUGAACGAGAGCUUCGAAGGUUGACAACAAGUCAUUUGCGAAGGAUGUUUCCCGCGGAAAGUCUCCUUUACAGUAGCACAUCUACACCCGUCGUAUCCAAUCUUAACCUUCGAACAAAGCGCGCUGUAGAGGCCGCAGACUUGCCACUAUUGGAUGUUACAUUAGAAGAGCAAGAGGAUACUGAGCAUCCAGAAACAGAAUUAAAAGAUCAACCUAGUUUGGGAGAAUCACCAACUCAAUCUUUCCCCUGGCUUGAUGAGGUUCAGCAAUUUGAUCAAAAGUUUUUGCAAGAUGUUGCAGAUGUCAAUCCAUCAUCGAGUGCAUUUCUAGGCAGCUCUGCAGAAAACAGCAGGAGCGUACCAUUGAGCCGAUCGGCCACUGAAGAAACACUGGAUCCUAGCGUAGCCAGAAGACUAUCAUUGGAAUUGAUGAAGGAUACGCCAUCAAAGGCCGGGCUAUUGGCUACUGCUCUUAGUUCCUCAGUCGACAAGCAGCAGCGACAGAAAUUUUUAGAAAAGUCCAUGAUCUAUGAAGACGCGCAUACACCUUCGCCACAGCCUACACCAACUGUUAUGAUUCAAGAUGAGGCAAUCCUCUAUACGCCAAGUGAAAGGCAGGAUAUACAAUCAGCUUUUGCUCGUCAUGUGGCGCCAACGGCCUAUCAGCGACUGACAGGGUUACUACCUGAACCAACCGUUUGUAGAUCCAAGAGUUCACCAUCAUCUGGAGUAACUCCACGUCAUAAGCGAACAUUAUCACAUCACAAGGCGCUUGAAACAACCGAUAAGGCAGCUAAUCGCCGAUCAUUUUAUGAAACAAGCACCAGCUACAUGACAUCAUCUGGCCCUACAUCAGCUAGUCAUACAGAUCAAGCAGCAAAACCCUAUCGUGGAUAUUACGCUUCAAGAAAGUCUCAAGGCAUACCAGCGACGAGAUAUGGAUACCGAUUUGGGUUUAUUCCUCCUGAUGAUAAACAUCAUCCACGUAUGACUCAAGAGUCUACAAGACCUUACUCUAGGACAGCGACUGAACAAGGUAGCAGUAGCAAGCUGCCGAUAAGAGGGCGUAUACCCGUUGCUACACCUCUGCUUCACCAAAAACCCCCAAGCAGAGUAACAUACCACCAACCUUCGCAUUUACCUAUUCCCAUAUCACGAAGGAAACUAGCGAAUGGUAGAGAUUUAAGAGAAAGGUUACCAAGCAAAGCAUCUUUAGAGGUAUAUACCAAAAUCAAGGAAAUUGCGCAUGAUGAUGACUCUCUAUCAUCAUCGGACGAAGGCAAGUUUGGAGUAUCAGAUGAUGACGACGAUGAUGACGAAGAAGAAUAUGACUAUAAUUCAGACGAGCGCUUACCAUUUCAACAUACAACAUUCUCGCUGGUGCACAUGGAUGAAUACGACGAAUGUUUAGGAAGAGAUACGGUACCAAGUAUUCUAGAACUUCAGCAGUUCAAUAAGGAGCAUCAGUUACAAAUGUCAAACAAUACUUUACCCUUUCUAAGUGUCGAAACUGGUCUAUAUGCAGGAGACAAAAAGGACAAUCAAUCAAAGGCUGCAGUGCUUCUCGAUCUAGAUCAUGGAGUCACGCCUACUGAUCUUGACUGGUCCACCAAUGGUAGCGGAAAAAAUUCAAUCAUGAAAGCUAUUACGUAUGUACUUGCUGAAAAGAGCAUAAGCAAUUUACUCCCAUUAGAGUAUCCAUUCUCUCCUACGGAACAUAUCUUUGCCGAUUCCAACAUUCUUGUAAGGGAAGAUGAACCAAGUAGCAUCAUAUCGUACAUGCUUGCAAGUACUUUUUAUCGAGAGAAAUUAGAAAAGAGACAGGCAUUACGAAUGUCCAAAGUAGUGAAUAAUCGACAGGAGAGCGCAUCUAUAUCUAGUAUCGUAUCUGAUGCACCAACAGAUGACAAGUUAUUUUAUUCAGAUAUGUUUCCUGAAACCGGUGAAGCUGAGAGGCCAUGGAGAUUCUCUUUUAAGGGAGGAUCAACAAGUUUUACAUGCAAAAUAUACUAUGCGGAGCAAUUUGAUAUGUUUAGAAAAAUGUGUGGAUGUGGAGAGACAUUUAUAUCAUCGCUUGCCCGAUGUAAUGUCUGGAAUACAGCAGGAGGCAAAUCGGGAUCAACCUUCCUAAAGACAAAAGAUGAAAGGUUUUUGAUCAAGCAAAUAUCCAAGUUUGAAAUGGAUGCAUUUGUCGGAUCAGCCAACAAGUAUUUUAUGUACAUGUUUAAUGAGGUGUUUGAUAAAGGAAUACCAACAGUUUUAUGUAAAAUAUUUGGUUUAUAUCGCAUUGGUUUUUAUAACAAUGUAAGCGGCAAAUCUAUGAAGAUGGAUAUCCUUGUUAUGGAGAAUUUAUUCUAUGAGCAUACGGUCAAAAUGGCAUAUGAUCUAAAGGGGUCUUUAAGGAAUCGAUAUGCAGCAAAGACAGGAAAGGAUAUUGAAGUCUUUUUGGAUGAAAACUUGGUAGAGAUGAUUAGCAAAACACCACUUUAUAUGAGGGUAGAUACUAAGAAUAACCUAAGUGAUUCGUUAUAUAAUGAUACACAAUUCCUGGUUCAAAUUGAUGUGAUGGAUUAUUCACUGUUGGUUGGAUUUGAUGACGAGAAAAAUGAGAUUGUAGUUGGCAUAGUUGACUUUUUUCGAACGUAUACCUGGGAUAAGAAACUUGAGAGCUGGGUAAAAGAAUCAGGUAUGUUGGGUGGUGUCAAAAGGGAUCCAACUAUUAUAUCCCCAAAAAUGUAUCGACGUCGAUUUCGAUCAGCUAUUGAUCUUUACUUUGUGAUGAUACCCGAUUUUUGGACUCUUUUACAUAAUUAA